AUGUUAGACGUCUAUAAGAAGAACAUCAUCAAUUGGCAGCGUAAGAUUGCUGGAGCCACUGAAGUGGAAGAUCUGGUGAGGGAUCUGACGAAUCUCAAACGAAAAAUCGAGCAGCAAUGUGAGAAGAUUGACGAGUUGAAACUCAAACCCAAAAAGAAAAGACGGAAAGGCGAUGGUUCUAGCGAAAGUGAAGAAAGCGAUCUUGAAGAUGUCCCUGAGAAGCAGUUGGAGGAUUUCUUCCCACCUGAUGAGGGUGACGACUCAAAACCAAAGAUUCCCGUUGUUUCUUUCGACCUCGAUUUGAAGUACUGGGGAGAAAAACACUCGGAGCCAGUCGUACUGCGUAACACUGCAGACUGCCAUAGGUUUUGGAGGCCUCCCGAUGACGAUGAUAGGCCACUCGUAAGCGAGAAGGAAGCCGCAUGUGGAGAAAUGAGAGUUAUAACUUGGAUUGGCGAGCCACGUCGAUCAGACAAACGUUGCAAGGCUAGGCUUCCAAGUGGAAAAUUGUGUCCUCGGAUGGAUUUUCACAGGUUUCUUAAGUAAUU